GCCUGAUCCUAUCCACCAUUCCCACUCAUAAGUUAUGAUGGACAGAGCUUUGGCGGUUCAAACAGAGCGAUUUCGCUCAGACGUGAAGCAAGCCGGCGAGGAAGUGGUCUUUAGCACGUUCCCUAAGAAAACACUUGAACUGCAGCAACUUGUUCUAUCCACGACAAAUACAAGUUCACCAUUUCAUGACGCCAACCUCGCCAGCAUUGAUACUACUGUUUAUCCGCCACCUUUGGACUCUUCGGACAUAGAUGUACAUUUGAAAAAGCGCAAGAUAUCGACAGAUCCAUUUAAUGCAAACGAUCCACCUUCUUCGAGGAUAAAUCAACACGAUACCCGACAUGCUCGAUUGUCCAAUACUGUCCUAGAGAAUAAACAUGUCAAACAUCUACACUCUAUAAUCAAGAAGGAAUGCGAAGAGUUGGUGACCUCCAUCGACAAGGUUAGGUUGUGGGUCACGCUGGCUAUACCCAAAAUCGAAGAUGGAGAUAACUCUGGUACGGGAGUGCAAGAAGAAAUACUCAAUGAAUUACAUCGCGCACAAGAUUGUGCAUACAAUCUGAGAGACAGCGCGCGCCAACACCAUCUGGCCAGAGCAAAGAUAUGUUCAAAGCUUAUAAAAUACCCUUACUUGGAGGACUACACUUCAGCACUUCUAGAACAUGACGAAAAGCAAAUCUUUAGUGCUCGUCAUCACUUGCUUGACAUAAGGGACUUAUACGCUGCUUUGACAGAUAUCACGCAGAAAAACAUUUCCAAAGUUAACAAGGGCUUUAGGAGUUAA